UAAAAAUAUUAAUGAACGUUGAAAUUAAAAUUGUGCUAACAAAACCAAAUAUUUAAAAAAAAUAUCAAGGAAUAAUAAUAAAUAUCGAUAAAGUUCAAUAAUCCACUAAUUAAAAAAAGGAAUUACUGUGUGUGAUACUGAAUUGUGUUUUUUUGGUGUUUAAAAACAAAUCUUUUUUGUUACCUGAAAUAUAUCAUCAUCAACGAACGGAAAUAAUUCGCUGCGGCACAAAUUAUUGUGAAUCCAGAGAGAGAGAGAGAGAGAGAGAAAGACACACUUUCUUUGAGAGUUUUUUUUUUUGAAUCUCUGAUCCGUGACGAGGAGGAAAAUUAAGAGGGGAAAUAACAUAAGAUGAAACCACCAGCGUAUAAUGCCGAGGAAGUGCAACAAAUCUCCCAGGAACAGGGGGAGAGGAACGUCGCGAUGGCAGUUUGUGUUCAAUUGGCUGGCCGGGCAAUUAUCAGGGUUGUUUCGCGAUGUGAACAGGCACAGGAUAAUUGCGACUUAGAUCUCUCGGAAUGUCAACUAAUGCAAGUACCUGACGCUGUCUAUCAUCUGAUGAGACACACAGAAUUAAAAAAAUGCGAUCUCUCUGGCAAUGUAAUUACAAAAAUUCCACCAAAAUUUGCUGUCAAAUUUUCGUUAAUAACAGAAUUAAAUUUGAGUCACAAUCAAAUGAGCAAACUACCCGAAGAGCUUGCCGAAUUGCAAGCUUUGGAAAGACUCGACAUUUCUCACAACACUUUUAUUGCUCUGCCUACUGUGGCUUGUAGAAUGUCACAAUUAAAACGAUUACUCGCCAACAAUAAUUCAAUCAUUGAAAUCGACGUUGAAAGGUUGAAACUCUCACCAGCAUUGGAAUUCAUCGACUUGAAGAAUAAUCCGUUAACCGGCAGAUUGCAUGACUUGCUUGGGUCCUUUGCGAGGAUACAAAUCGAAAUUUCGCCACGACAACUCGAAGACUGGGAAGAUCUCAGCGUUUGAGUACUUUUUCUAUUUUUUUUAAAUAAAGGCCAAUUUUCAGGCUUUUAUUUCAAAAGUAAUAUGGAAAACACAUUACUGCCUCUGUUCUUGAUUAAUUUCCAGGACACUGCAAAGGCAAAUUAGAAGAAAAGAAAAACGAAAAAAAAGAUUAGACAGAAUUUUGUACAGUAAAAAAAAAAAAGAAAAAGAAAAAGAAACGUAGAAAAACCAAUUU